GCCUCCUGCUAUGUAUUUUGCAUUCUAGCUUGCUGGGACUGAAGGUGUAUGAAAGAAACAUCUUUAAGUUUCUAAGAUAUUGCAAAAGGUAUUUCCUUCUCUCAUCCUGGAAAAUCCUGACAGACCAGUUGGAUACCUUUCAGGCCUUAACCGAGAACUUUAUCUGCUCAUCCCACUGUCUUUUUUUACAGUGGAAAGACCUGAAACACCUUUAAGAACUUAGAAUCUGCCUAAUAUAAACAGAUGGCUAAUCCUAGUGCCGUCUGCAAUGGACAUCUACAUCAUCAUCAGAAACAGAAUAACCUCUUAAAAAGUGGGAUCUAUAAGAAAAAUGGGAUUACUAAAGGAAUGAAGAAGAAUGGCGUAUCAAAUGGAACUCUCUACAAAAAAACAUUUAUCGAGCACUUUGAACAGGCACCAAUGUAUGUUGCUGUUCUUACUUUCCUGGGUUUUGGAGUGGGAACAAUAUUUGGCUACCUGCGAGAUUUUAUGAGAGCCUGGGGACUAGAAAAACGUAACAUUGCUGCAGAGAGAGAAGAACAAAAAGAUUUUGUGCCACUUUAUCAAGAUUUUGAGAACUUUUACACCAGAAACCUCUAUAUGAGAAUACGGGAUAACUGGAAUCGUCCAAUUUGCAGCGUCCCAGGGCCACAGUUUGACCUCAUGGAACGCGUUACAGAUGAUUACAACUGGACAUUUAGGUUUACAGGAAGGACUAUCAAGAAUGUGAUCAAUAUGGGUUCUUAUAACUACCUCGGCUUUGCAGAAACAGAUGUUAAUGCAUUGAAAACAGUGACCAAAGAGUUACAAAAAUAUGGGACAGGAAUCUGCAGUACCAGACAGGAAAUGGGCACCUUAGACAAACAUAUAGAACUAGAGAAGCUUGUGGCUAAGUUCCUUGGCGUGGAAGACGCUAUGGUGUUUGGCAUGGGCUUUGCAACUAACUCAAUGAAUAUUCCAGCCCUCGUUGGAAAGGGCUGCCUCAUUUUAAGUGAUGAGUUGAACCACACUUCUCUUGUUCUUGGUGCAAGGCUUUCAGGUGCUACUAUUAGAAUCUUCAAGCAUAACAAUAUGCAGAGCCUUGAAAAGUUGCUGAGGGAUGCAGUAAUAUAUGGGCAGCCUCGAAGCCACAGAGCGUGGAGAAAAAUUAUCAUCCUCGUGGAGGGCAUUUACAGCAUGGAAGGGUCCAUCGUGCGCCUGCCAGAGUUAGUCUCCUUGAAGAAGAAAUACAAAGCCUACCUCUACUUGGACGAAGCUCAUAGCAUCGGCGCAGUGGGUGCAACGGGCCGAGGAGUUGUGGAGUACUUCGGUAUGAGUCCUGGUGACGUUGACGUAUUGAUGGGAACGUUCACAAAGAGCUUUGGUGCAGCUGGAGGAUACAUAGCUGGCAAAAAGGGCCUUGUGGACUUUUUACGAACACAUUCUCACAGCGCUGUGUACGCCACAUCUAUGUGUCCACCCGUAGCAGAGCAAAUCAUCAGGGCAAUGAAAUGUCUCAUGGGACUAGACGGGACAACACAAGGGCUCCAAAGAGUGCGCCAGCUAGGGAAAAACACAAGGUACUUCAGACGAAGACUGCAUGAAAUGGGCUUCAUCAUUUAUGGCAAUGAUGAUUCUCCUGUUGUCCCAUUACUCCUUUAUAUGCCUGGUAAGAUAGGGGCUUUUGCAAGACGCAUGUUAGAAAAAAACAUCGGGGUGGUUGUGGUUGGGUUUCCAGCUACUCCUAUCACAGAAUCCAGGGCUCGGUUUUGUGUAUCAGCUGCACAUACACGGGAGAUGUUAGACACGGUUUUGAAUGCUCUGGAUGAAUUGGGUGAUUUUCUACAUCUGAAAUAUUCCCGCUAUUCCAAGUCAUCUCAUCCUGAACUGUAUGAAGAAUCUAGGCUUGAACUUGAAGACUAAGUUUUCCACCCAUGAAGAGAACAUUAUGACGCUAUAAAAGUGGGGGGGAAACCCCAAACACUGAGAAAUACAAAUGCAUUUCUUCCCUUCUAAGGACAGUUUGUUUCUCAGUUGUUUGAAAGGAGGGGAAGCUCAGGUGUUGCAUUUUAUUGUAUCAAAUUUCGGUAUUCCAGAGACUGAAAUAAUGACACGGAUUUGCCUUUCCAGGAGAUCUGUCCUUUCUACGGUGUUUUUGGUGCAGAAUGAAUGCAUCCACCCAUCAAUUUGCUAAGAUACAGCUUUUGUUAUGGCCCCUUUUUGUGAAGAGGCUUCAGAUAGUCUUAAUUGUGACUGAAGUAAUAAAGUUUAAAAGCUGAGUGUAUUA